AUGGCCUCCGGAGUACCAGGAACCGCAAUCUCAAAGCGGAGAAAGUUCAUCGCAGAUGGUGUCUUCUACGCCGAACUGAACGAGUUCUUCCAGCGCGAGCUGGCUGAGGAAGGCUACUCGGGCGUCGAAGUGCGCGUAACACCCACCGUCACCGACAUCAUCAUCCGGGCAACACACACACAGGAGGUUCUAGGCGAGCAAGGACGACGUAUCCGCGAGCUCACAUCGCUGAUCCAAAAGCGCUUCAAAUUCCCCGAAAACUCCGUCUCCCUCUAUGCCGCCAAGGUCCAAAACCGCGGUCUCUCCGCCGUCGCCCAGUGCGAGUCCCUCCGCUACAAGCUGCUGAACGGUCUCGCCGUCCGACGAGCAUGCUACGGUGUCCUGCGAUUCAUCAUGGAGAGCGGCGCUAAGGGCUGCGAGGUGGUUGUUUCUGGCAAGCUCCGUGCUGCUCGUGCGAAGAGCAUGAAGUUCACCGAUGGUUUCAUGAUCCACUCCGGUCAGCCCGCGAAGGAUUUCAUCGACUCGGCAACCCGCCACGUUCUCCUGAGACAGGGUGUUCUUGGUAUCAAGGUCAAGAUCAUGAGAGGCUCAGACCCAGAGGGCAAGAACGGCCCCUCAAAGAGCUUGCCAGACAGUGUUACGGUUAUUGAGCCAAAGGAGGAGCAAACUGUUGUUCAACCCAUGAGCCAAGAUUACGGUGCGAAGGCCGCGGCUGCACAGGCGGCUGCUGAGGCUCAGCGCAGCCAGGAGCAAGGCGACGAGGCUGCUCCUGCGGCUGAGGAGUAG